AUGGAGAUAAAUAACAGCAACUAUUGGAAACAAAUAUAUAUUCCUCCAUGGGACCUUUUAGCUAAUAAAUCUCCCCGCCAACAUUUUGGCACCUCAGACAAAUUUUCUCAAGACUCAGGAUUCCCUCAACGUGGAGGUUGUUCACGAACUACAUCCUCUUCUGAUUUGGAAUUAUUUCGUUGUGCUUCUGUGGAUGCUCAAUCAACUAUGACUGGGGGACUAGACCCUCACCAACAACAUAUGUUAAUGAUGAGGCAAUUUCCGCCUGGCUCUAAUAUGAUGAAUGGAAUGUGCAUUCAAGAAUUUUCUGGGACCCCAGAUAGAACAUUCCGUGUUGUAAUGUGUGGGGAUGCUUCUGUUGGCAAAUCUUCAAUAAUUAUGCGAAUUAUUAAAGGAGCAUUCCAACCUAAUAUUGCCAGCACUUUGGGAGUUGAUUUUCAUGUAAAAAGUGUUAGAGUUGGUACUCAAAAUAUAGCUGUACAAUUAUGGGACACUGCCGGCCAAGAGAGAUUUCGAAGCCUUUGCAAUUCUUAUUUUAGACGGGCUGAUGGUGCUAUUCUUGUUUAUGACUGUUCAAUAGAUCGUUCAUUUUUACGUAUUCGUGACUGGAUUGAAACAGUGAAGGUCGAUGCACAGGACUCAACAAUGAAGGAAGUGCCGAUAUUGUUGGUUGCCAACAAAAUUGAUUUGCGCAAUGCUCCCGGUGCUCAUGAAAAUGUUUCUAGUUUUGUUUCAAAAAAGGAAGGAGAAAAUCUGGCUGAGUUAUUGUCUACCGAUUUUAUUGAAACUAGUGCUUUAGAUGGAACUAAUGUAGAGACUGCUUUAUUACUUCUUGUUGGUGCAAUGAUGAAAUCGGAAGAUGACCAUUUAAAACAAACUGCGUUAAUAUUACAAAGUUCUGACAAAAAGAAAUGGCGGUGUAUGAGCUGUGGAAAUUGA